AUGAGCCCUAAUUGUUUAGUAUCUCUUGCCCUUUCCGUCCCCCUCAUCGCCAAAAGCGACAAGCACGACGACGUCGUUGCUUUCCUCAAGAAAGGCGCCGAGCUUGUAGUCUCAGGCGAGCCGGAGACAAUCCAGUGGUAUGGCGUCAAGUUUACCGACUCGGACACCUUCGCCGUAAUCGAUGCCUUCCGCAACGACGCUGGCCGGGAGGCCCAUCUCGCUGGCCAAGUUGCAGGGGCCCUCAAUGCCAACGCCGCCACACUCCUGGCCUCCGACCCGCAGAUCGCCAAAGCGGCCAUUAUCGCAAACAAGGUGGACCCGUUGAAACCCGCGACGAUUGGCGUCCGGGUACUCCUCACGCCCAAGCCCGGCCAGACCAAUGCAUUGCGCGACUUCCUCGCAGGCGAUGCGGAAAGGGCGCUUGUAGAGGAGGAGGACUUCAUGCCGCUCUGGUAUGCGGUCGAGUUCCCUGCCGACAAGUUUGCCAUUAUCGAGUUCUUUGAGGACGAGGCGGCACGCGGAAAGCAUCUCGCUGGGAAAGUCCGUGCAGCCUUGUUCGCCAAUGCGGACAAGCUCCUUGGUGCUGCACCAGAGAUAGCACGCUUCGAAGUUAUUGCCUCUAGCGUUAAGUUUUAG